AUGCCUCCUUGCCUCCAAACGAUUCUCGUGCUUGCCUUCGUGGUCUUGUUGCGCUCGUCCCCUUCAGAUGCUGUGUUCCAGCCCCAGGCGCAGGCGGCCUGUCCGGCUCUCACUUGGAAGCUUCCCCUGAGUUGGGAGGGCGGCGGCAGGAUUGAGCAGACAUUCAAUGCCACAGCUUGUGACCGCCUCGUCAUCCGUAACAACGGCUACGACUGCGAGCCCUCACAGCCCUGGCGCCAGUGCACCAGUGACGAACAGUGCCCCUCGGGUGAGCUAUGCGGAAAGGCCAUGGCGCCGCGGUUGUGCGUCAAGUGCAACAUGGACAAGAUCGCCUUUACGUUCUACGAGCAUGCCAACAUCUCCAUCAACGUGACCGCGAGCAUGCUGGCCGGCAACUUCUGGAGCAGCGACGAGUUCUACAACCACACGGGCGUUGAUCUCAUUCUCACACUGGAAAGCUGGGCGUGGAGUCCAGCCAUGAACGCCUUGCUCCAUGAUCAAGUCGUGCACCGUCGUUCAACUUGGCAAGACAAGUACGACAGCGAUGACCUCCGGACCCUUUCAGAGAUCUAUGACCAGGCCAACGCGACGCACACUCGCCAGCGGAGGGUCUCAGUUGUCAGGAGCGCGUACGACCGCCUGGACCACGGCACGAACAUUCUCGACACAUUCUCAGGGACCACCUACCUGCCGACGGCCUGA